AUGGCAUCCCCCUUCUCACUCCCUGCGGCCCUCAACCCACCCAUAACUGGCAGAGAGGGCGUGGCGGACGCUAUAUAUCGCUGUGCUUUGGCUUGGGACACAAACGACACGGCCCUAUUCGACUCCAGUUUUAUGCCUGACGGCGUAUUCGAGGUUAACGACCACACCAUGAAUGGCCUACCUGAGAUCCAUGCCACAGGGCUCGCUCUCAUCUUCAAGCUCGACACGACGCACCUGGUCACCAAUGUGCGUGUCCACAUGGGAGAGGAUAACGAAGCCAGUCUGACCGCUACCGUGCUGAUGCAACACUUUGUCAAGGGCAAGGGCAUGGAGCCCAGUCAAAAGAGCCUGAUGUCGGGUAGUCUGUACUACGCCGAGCUAGCCAAUGACACAGAUGGGCUGUGGAAGUUCAAACAUCUAAAGAUCAAAUCUAUCUGGGUGGAGGGCGAUUAUGGCGUGAUUGGGGACAAUUUUAGCGAGGUUGGGUGGUAA